GGUAUAAGUAGUCUAGUAGUAUAAAUUUUAGUAGUAGAUGUAGAUGUGGUGGUGGUUUGAGUGAGAAAGAGGGACCUCGACUCGACUCUUCCGCGGCCGGUCUCGCCCGAUGCACUUCAGUGUUCCCUCGUACGCGGUUGAGAUCCGUUCUUGUCAGAUUACGUGCGUGAGUGCGUGUGUGUGUGCUCGAGGACCCGCGUGAUGGGACCUCGUUAUUGUCAGCUCAAGUUCACCGAGUUUCGUAGGUAGCUGUCGAUGACCAUUAUUGUUGCUGUAGACAUGCAGGAUUUAUCACCCGGGGGGCCCAUGUCAGUGAGAGUGUGAAAUUUUUUGCUAAGUGCGGGUAUAAAAGCUGAGUUACAAAUAAAGAAAUAAAUAUUCGCGAGAGAGGUAAAUAUAAAAGCUUAAGUGAGUUGUGAGUGAAACGUUACGGGGGAACUCUAAGUAAGUUGAAGGGGUUGUUGUGAGAGUGAAAGCUGGUGAUGGUGAAAGGGGCUGGAGAAUUAAAUCGACACGAUUAGAGAUAGUGUUGAAUAAAGAAAGGAGCAAGAACACGGUAUAAAACAAAGUCUUUCAAGAUUAUCUUUAAUUAACAAACAAGAGUAGUAAUAGCUGUUGAAAUAACAAUUAAAAAAUAAAAAUGUCGCUGUAUACUGUAAAUUGUACAGAGGGUCUGGUGAUACCGCUGUGGUAUCCUCUGGAAGAUAUAGGACUGACUGACAUUAUUGUUCGCGGUACCGUGUAUUUUUUAUUUCUAAUGUAUUUGUUUAUCGGUGUGUCGAUAAUAAGCGACCGUUUUAUGGCCGCGAUCGAGGUGAUAACGUCUCAAGAAAAGGAGCUGGUGGUAAAGAGACAAGAUCAAGAGCCACAGAUUGUUGUUGUAAGGGUGUGGAACGAAACGGUAGCAAACCUGACCUUGAUGGCUCUUGGUAGCAGCGCGCCGGAAAUAUUGCUUUCGGUGAUCGAGAUAUGGGCCAAAGAUUUCCAGGCGGGCGAAUUGGGACCUGGUACAAUAGUUGGUUCGGCGGCCUACAACCUCUUUGUUAUAAUAGCGCUCUGUGUGUUUGUGAUACCAAGAGGCGAGCACAGGAAGAUUAAGCACUUGAGGGUAUUCUUCGUGACGGCUACGUGGAGUAUAUUUGCCUAUGUAUGGCUCUAUAUAAUUCUCGCGGUUUCCAGCCCUGGUGUUCUCGAGGUGUGGGAAGGCCUUUUGACAUUUGCAUUCUUUCCUGCCACCGUUCUAACGGCCUACGUUGCCGAUCAGCGAUUGCUUAUCUACAAAUAUUUGCACAAAGGCUAUCGCAUGAACCAGCGUGGGGUGAUUGUUCAGGGCGAAGGAGGUGAUUCUGAAACGGGAGUUGAAUUAGAGGUUCAAGAGCACGAUGGACCGCAUCUGUUUGUUGACCGUGUUGGAGAUAGCUGUGGCCAGGAGGCACGAGAGUUCGAAUCCACCCGUCGCGACUACAUUAACACUUUGCGUGAGCUGAGGAAGAAGCAUCCGGCAUUGCCGCUAGAGCAAUUGGAAUUUAUGGCGCACGAAGAAGUUCUCGGCAAAGGCCCAAAAAGCCGGGCAUUUUAUCGCGUCUUGGCUACGAGGAAAAUGGUGGGCGCAGGAAACCUCAGCCGGAAGAUCAGCGAGCGAGCACAAAGUGACUUGAGCGAAGUCAGGGCCGAGUUGCAGAGAGUUGAGCCCGAGAGUGUCGACAUUGAACAUAUCAACGCAAUGCGAAUUUUCUUUGAACCCGCUCACUACACGGUAAUGGAAAACGUGGGAACUUUCGACAUAACUGUCACCAGAGUCGGCGGGGAUCUCAGCACACCCUGCACCGUUGACUACUUCACCGUAGACGGGACUGCAACAGCCGGAGAUGAUUAUGUUCCUGUCGAAGGCACGCUGACCUUCGAACCCGGUGAGGUCAAAAAAACUAUCCAGCUGACAGUUAUUGACGAUGAUCUCUUCGAACAGGACGAGUACUUUCAAGUAAAACUGAAGAACGUUUCGCAGCCAGCGAUGCUGGUGUCACCCAACGUCGCAACAGUUAUGAUUCUUGACGACGACCACAGCGGCGUAUUUGCGUUCCCGGUUCAUAAUAUAGAGCUGGUUGAAAGUGUCGGCCAGUAUACUUUGAAGAUAGUGCGUUACAGCGGUGCCAGAGGAUGUGUUGUUGUGCCAUACCGAACUGUCGAGGGCACUGCGAAACCUGGAAAACAGUACGUCCAUGCUGAGGGCACCGUCACAUUUGAGAACAAUCAAACCGAGAAGACGAUAACGCUCACGAUAAUUGAAGAGGACUCUUAUGAGAAGGAUGCCCUGUUUUAUGUCGAACUUAACGAGCCCCAGCUUCAAGAAGACGAUCCAGGAUUGGCUGUUGUGGCAGAACUUAAAACCCCGGAGGAGAGGAAUAAGAAAGAAAAGAUAGCAUUACUUGGCAAGCCGCGGCUGGGCGAAAUUUCUACCGCUCAAAUAAGGAUCAAGGAGUCUAAGGAGUUUAAGAAUACCGUCGACAAACUUGUGCAACGAGCCAAUGCGUCCAUUUUACUGGGUACGAGCUCAUGGAAGGAACAAUUUACGGAAGCACUUACCGUUAGCGGGGGAGACAACGAUGCCGACGAAGCUGAUGCCGAGGGUAGAGUCUCGCGCCCAUCAACGGCAGACUAUCUCAUGCACUCGCUCACCAUCUUCUGGAAAGUCCUGUUCGCCUUCGUUCCGCCCACCAACAUUGCUGGUGGAUAUUUGUGCUUCGUUAUCAGUAUCGUUGGCAUUGGCGUGGUUACUGCUGUUAUCGGAGAUGUGGCAUCGUACUUUGGGUGUACACUUGGCAUUAAAGAUUCUGUUACUGCCAUUGUUUUUGUGGCUCUGGGCACUAGUAUACCUGACACGUUUGCCAGCAAGGUUGCAGCAUGUCAGGACAAGUAUGCAGACGCGAGUGUCGGAAACGUGACCGGCAGCAACGCAGUGAACGUCUUCCUGGGCAUCGGUAUCGCGUGGAGUAUUGCCGCCAUAUAUCAUGCCUACCAUGGCAAUCAGUUUAAGGUGGAGCCUGGCAACUUGGCCUUCUCCGUGACUCUCUUUUGUUCCGAAGCCUGCAUCGUAAUAAUUGUGCUGAUGAUAAGAAGAUCGAGAGCAAUAGGUGGAGAACUCGGUGGUCCAUUCGGAAUCAAAGUAAUAACAUCGUUGCUACUUUUCUCUCUGUGGAUCUUUUAUCUGGUCAUGUCAACCAUGGAGGCCUACGGAGUAAUAAAGGGCUUCUAAGUCCAACAUCGCGGACUCGCGGCCUAAAAAAUAUUUUAAAAUAAAAUGACAUAUUUAUGCAAGCUAAAAAAACGACACAUCUGGUGUAAUUUUCGUCUUUACUACAAGACUAUUUUUAUUGUUAAACUUUUACUCAGCUGAGACUAUGUUUCUAUCUCUAUUUCUAUCUCUGUCUCUGUCUGACUAUUUCUCUUGGUAUUAUAUAGAUACUUACAUAUAAUAAUGUAAUACUUAAAGUCUAUUCACUGGCUCGGUGGAAAAAUGUCCGAAUAAAAAUAGGAGUAUAAAACUGGUAUCGGUGUCCACCGCAGCGUUGGUGAUACGAUACGAUGCCAAGUGUAAAAUAGAGAUUGAAUUUGUCGUCUCUUGGAUUUUUCUGAUUUUGCUGGGACACUUUCUUGUGCAAUACCGAUCUGCAACACUCCGCAUAACUACGAAUUACGUUUACCGAGUACGCUAUCUCAUAAAUACGAGGAUUUAAAUAAAAUGAAAAUA